AAAGAAAGAAAGAAAGAAAGAAAGAAAGAAAGAAAGAAAGAAAGAGAGUGGGCGUGUAUUAUGUGAAGUGAAAGUAGGCUCCAUUGGUAGCAAGCAGAUGACAGGAAGGCUCUCUGCAUAAAUGAUCAAAGUCAGACUAGCAGACUCCGUGUUUUUAAGGCCUCAGGUGGUUGAACUUCAUCUGAUGCUGUAUUUUCUCGCUGCAGAUGGUGAGACGCCAAACUAAUGAAGUUACACUGAAAAACACACCCUAGCAGCAGCUUCACAUCUUCUUUUAAAUGUAUUUGCAAGGACGACAACUCAAGUAUAUUUCUCCUUCUAACCUCUCAUGAAACUUUAGAUUUUUUUCUUUUUUCUUUUUACAUGCUAACUCCUCCUUCUUAAAUGAACUGAUAAAAAAAGCAAAUAUUCCCUAAGCACUGCCAAAAAGUCCUAACCAGGGGCCUCUGUGGUGGCUCUCAUAUCCAAUUAGCAAUAGACUCACAACAGAGACGAGGUCCACAGUCUGACACAGCCGUGCUCCAGGAACAACCUCAUCCUGAACAUCAACAAUACCAAGGAGGUCAGGGUGGACCACAGGAGGUUCAGGAGGACUGAACAACUUUAUACUGUCCUCACGCUUCACCACCUCCUCCUUGAAAAGCUGUCAUUCCCUUCAGAUGUGCCCCGUAUCUCCACCCAGCAGAAAAGCUUAAAGGCAAAUUGAAAGAAAACCAUAAGAGGAAGUACACAUUUUGCUGCAGAAGUGUUAAACGGUCAUCCGGCACCUAAAAUAUCUCCGUCAUGGCUUUGACAAAGACCUAUGUUGGACCUACGGAGACAGAUUAUGAACUUUAUGACUAUAACUACACCUCAGAAAACUGCGAUGAGGAGGAUGAGGGGCUGCAGACGUUUUACGCGGCGUCCCGCCCGGUGCUCUACGGCUUCAUCUUCCUCCUGGGUUUGGCAGGAAAUGGCCUGAUGGUCGCCGUCCUCCUAAAGCGUCACCAUCGGCUGCGCAUCACGGAGAUCUACUUGCUGCACCUGGCCCUGGCUGACAUCAUGCUCAUAUUCACGCUGCCCUUCUACCUGGUUGAGAGCAUCACCGGCUGGGUAUUCGGAGACUUCUUCUGCAUGCUCAAUGGCGUGUUGCAAAAUCUGAACCUCCUGUGUGGAAGCUUCCUCCUGGCCUACAUUGGGUUCGAUCGGUAUUUGGCCAUCGUCCACGUGAUCCCCAGCCUGCAAAGCCGACGUCCCAAAAAAGUGAACUUAAUGUGCGCCUUGAUUUGGCUCAUCAGUUUGCUCUUGUCACUGCCCAACGCCAUCUUUCUGUCCGUUUCAAAGUACACAAACGACUCGCUGGUCGAUUGUCACUACUAUCGUUUUGGAAACCAUGCGCACAACUGGGUGAUUGCCAACAGGUUGGUGUACAAUGUGAGCUUUUUCCUCUCCUUGGCCGUCAUGUGCUACUGUUACGCCACACUCGCCGUCACGUUGUUCAGAGGUCAGAAAAGCCAAGCGAAGAAGGGAGCCGUCCGGCUGGCUUUGCUUGUCACGCUUGUGUUUUGCGUCUGCUGGCUGCCGUACAACGUCACGUUGCUGGUGAAGACCUUGAUGGAGUUUGACGUCAUCGGGGUCUCCUGCAGGUCUCUGACCCUCGUCAACCAGGUGGACGCCGUGACUGAGAGUCUGGGCAUCUCCCACUGCUGCCUCAACCCGUUCCUUUACGCGUUUGUCGGCGUGCAGUUUCGCAACGAGCUCUUGCACCUUCUGUACCGUCUGGGCUGCGGCCGCUUUUGCUCUCGUUUCAUCAGAGCUCAAGAUUACAGAGGAGCGUCCGUUUCCGACGGAACGUCGAACAGCACUGUCAUGUACUAACCAGCUACUGAUUUAAUCUCAACCAACAUUAAAAUGUGGGAAACAAAAAGGGGCCCCAUAAGGAAUUGGCCAUGGCUAUAAAAUUGCUUAUUUAUAUUAGUACAACAACAGAUUUAAAAAAAGGGCCCCAUAAUGAAUUUGCCAUGGUUAUAAAAUUGCUUAUUUAGAUUAGUAGGACAACAGAUUUUAAAAAAGGGCCCCAUAAGGAUUUGGCCAUGGCUAUAAAAUUGCUUAUUUAGAUUAGUAUGACAACCAAUUUAAAAAGGGCCCCAUAAGGAAUUCACCAUGGUUAUAAAAUUGCUUAUUUAGAUUAGUAGGACAACAGAUUUUAAAAAAAGGGCCCCAUAAGGAAUUGGCCAUGGCUAUAAAAUUGCUUAUUUAGAUUAGUAGGACAACAGAUUUAAAAAAAAGGGGCUCAUAUGGUUCCCAUUUGAGACCCAAUAAAGAUCUGCAUAAUGUAACAAACUGGUCUUGGCAGUGAGUUGCAUUUAGUCAACCAAACCGGGCGCCAUACGAGAAACAUAUUGUGAACCUUGGCCUACACGGUCCCUAAUCAGUUAGGGCAGAAUCCUUAUGGGGCCCCCCAUUUAAAGAGGUUGAAUUAUACUACAUAAAUGAAGCAUUUUUGAAGCAGUAAGGCUCCACUUGUGAAAGUAAACCUGUUGGGGUCUCUUUGGCAUUAAGAAAGCAAUUCUUAGUGCUACACUGUCAGACAGGGGACGUGAAAAACAGGCAUUUAAAUGUUUAAACAUGUCAGAAUGUAAAUAACAUUGAAAAUAGGUAAAAUCACUGGAUCAUGAUUUAAAAUGUUGCUCAGUAUUUAAGCAUCAUAUCUUAGCUUCUGGUGAGUUUUGGGUCACAAACUCCUUGAUGCGGCCAUUUUGUGCCCAUGUACUCAGAGCAUUGCAUUUGUUUACUUUUCCUUUUUAGUGAAAUAUUCUUAAGAAUUAUGUAAAUAUUCAACAAUGCUUAAAAGUAACAUUUAUUUUGGAUACUUUUCUGAAAAUGUAUCUUUAUUAUUUCUUUGGACCAAUUGAAUCUUAUGAGAAGUGAGAUUAUAACCACAAGUUUGUGGACAUUUUUACUGGAAUCAAAAUGUCCUCAGGUAGGAAUCUCACGCCAGGUUGGCAUGAAUCAACCUGAAGCAAACUGCUCCAUUUGUGUAAAAUAAAUCUUGGCUAUUAAGGUACAAAAUGGCAAAAGGGACAAAAUGAUUUGCUGUUACAUUGUUAUAAGUAGUUCACAGCUUUUUUUUGGCACUCCAUGUCCGACUGAUUUGUUUGUAAAGAUGGUAAAAUGCUACAGCUUUAUCCAGCCCUAUGGCAAUAUUACUGAUCUUUCCUUUCUGCAUGUCAAACUUUGCAUUUAUUUUUCUGCUAUAUAAAAUGGAUAAUAGCUGAUAUGUAUUGUAUCCUUUGCUUGUAAUGUAGCCAAAAACUGAAUAAAGAUUUUUUU